GCCAGACUCGAACACCCCGCGUGUCCUUUGGCUUUCUAGGACGAUCGCACCCACAAGCCCAUUAUGUUUGGAUAUUUGUGUUCUCAGCUGGCUUUGCAGUAAGUACCUUCUCUCCUGCCAGCGAUCAUGGGGGUUGUUAUUGUUUCUAGAAUUCCAGUCGCGCUACAUGUGCCGUAGCAACAUGUCGUUUAUAACAGCGGCGGUUCGGGCUUCAACUUCGAUAUAUUCAAAUGAAAGAAUUGAACUAUAGUUUUACUAGCUAAGUAGCCCCUGAAGGUCUCCAGAGACAAAAAUGGGGACCAUGUGGUAGCCCAAGGUGGUGGGCUACCGAUUGGUUAAUAAGCGAAACGUGCAAGACUUCUCCUUACUUUGAGGCUGCCACGCCACGGGUCCUGAGCACGAUGCCGAUAUCCGAAACUUUUAGCGCAACGAAUACCUCCCAUAUCCAUACCGCCAGUCCGUAAUUGAAUCUUUCGGUGCAAGAUGCUUUUCGCAGGCUGGAGUUGGGGUUUGACAGGUUUCCCUUUCGGGCUAUCCUUACCGCAGCGUUGGGAUGGUAGUUUUCUGACACCCUAUCAGGGGUCUGUGUCGUUGUCACGGCUCAGAAUAUCCAAUGUUUCAAGUAACGUCACACGCUCCGUCGUGCUCCCUAACACCUCAAGAAUGUUCUGGACGACGAGGAACGAAGUAACUGGGGUCGAACGCGCACUAUGGCAGCGUGCAAGAGAUCCUGGAACGUCUCACCGGGACAAAGCUGCUCAAGCUUGGAGAUGAUCGCGCUCACGGCCAAGGCAGAUGCAGUAUAACAAUGCAAUGUUUUGCCCCAACCGCCAAGUCAUCCGAAAGGGGAGGAGCUGGAAUGGCGAUUUUCCGGACGAGGUUCGUUUGGCACACCGGCAUUUGGACAGCGGUGGCGGGACGGCAGACGGAAUACGUUGCCGCUAGUUGCGACUUACAAGGAUCAGGUCUCAGAUUUUGGUACAGACAGAUGUGCAAACAUACUUAGGGCUAAGAAUUGAGUCAACCGUCCCAGCGGGCUAGAUUUGAAGCGUGGUCGUUCGUGGCUUUGUUGUAUUGACCAACAAUCACAGGAUAGGCAAUACGAUGUUCGAGUUGACCACGGACAGCUACCUGGGCGAGUCAACCAGAAUGAAGAAGUGAGAAAUUAGCAGCGGAUCAUGAAGGAAAGUCUAGUGGCCCGGCCCGCCGGUGCAUGUUCGUGUUCA